AUGAAGCUUGCCGUCACUUUGUUUGUUGGUGGUGUUGGCUUUGUGCUCGCGAGUCACGGCCAUUAUUCUCAUUAUAACUCUGCUAGGCGGUUCUCGGCGCUGGAACGACGCGCUCGGUCUUUGCAUGAGGCCCAGCUUCUCCGACGUGAGGACUACAAUUGUGGUCCCGGAAAAUCUGGUUACUGUGGUUAUGGAUCGAUAUACUGUGGCAAGGGAUGCACCAGUAACUGUAACGCUCAUGCCGAGUGUGGGCAGUUCUCAGAUCCUCCAAACACAGAGUGUCCACUCAAGACUUGUUGCUCCGAGUUUGGAUUCUGUGGCACAACCAAAGACUUCUGCACUGGUAAGUGUCAGUCAAACUGUGUCGAGCACCCCAAACCCCCUUCUGGCGAGGGUGACCCGCUGUCUAAAGUGAUUGGCUACUACGAAGCCUGGAAUGACCGAUCCAGUUGUCAUCAAACCUCUGCGAAGGAUCUGCCCGUGGACGCGCUCACGCAUUUGAACUAUGCCUUUGCCUAUGUCGAUCCCAACACCUUCGAGAUCACGACCAUGGAUGCGGCGACGCCUGCUCGCAUCUUCCAGGACGUCGCCGACCUGAAGAAGACCAGCCCCAGCCUGAAGAUCUUUCUCAGUCUUGGCGGAUGGACCUUCUCCGACAACGGCACGUCGACCCAGCCAGUAUUUGGAAACAUUGCCCGCAGCUAUGCCAAUCGUCAAAAGUUUGCCACAAAUGUGCUCAAAUUUCUCAGCACGUACGGCUACGACGGCGUCGACAUUGACUGGGAGUAUCCCGGAGCCCCAGACAGAGGCGGCCAUUCGGAGGAUGAGCUUGGCAUCAGUUUCACAGCCCCGUCGUCGUACUGGUACCUGCGCUGGUUUAAUCUUCCGAAGCUGGCCCAGUUUGCCGACUGGAUUAACCUUAUGUCGUAUGAUUUGCACGGCGUCUGGGAUAGCACCAAUCCCAUCGGCUCUAUAGUCCAAGGACACACGAACCUUACAGAAAUUCAGCUAGCCGCUGAACUUUUCUGGAGAGUGGGCAUACCGCCAUCCAAGCUUGCGCUAGGAUUUGGAUUUUACGGAAGAGCCUUCACUUUGGCCGAUUCCUCUUGCACAAUACCAGGCUGCGCGUUUAGUAGCGGAGCCAAACCAGGCGUGUGCACAAGGACCAGUGGCUACAUUUUGAGCAAAAACAAAGGGCUCGAACCCGUGUACGACAAGGACGCUGCUGUCAAGUAUUUGACUUUUGACAAGGACCAGUGGAUCUCAUACGACGAUAAGGACACUUUUGCGGACAAAAUCGACUGGGCCAAGAGGAUCGGGUUUUCGGGUUCUCUCAUCUGGGCCUCCGACCUCGACGACUACGAAUUCACAGCCCAUAAGGCCUUGAUAGGAAAGCCAACCAUUGGAUCGUUACAGAACAAAAAGGCUACGGCGGCAGCCUCAGAGGUGGCUGCAACUUUUGGUGACAAAUGCUAUUAUGAAGAAAAUUCGCACAAGCAGAUGUGUGAGCCGGGCUACAUAAUCAUGGGCCGUGACAACCAAGGCGGCCACUGCGGUGAAAAGGACAAACUCUGCGGCAAUAUCAUCUGCUGUCCAAAGUCGUCGGGCCUCGGUGACUGUACCUGGCGCGGAAGCGGCGGUGACUGCAACGGCCAGUGUCACGAGGGUGAGGUCAAGCUGUCGGACUCGAGCUGGGGAGGUUGGCCGGGCGAGUCGAGUGGGAAAAAGCGCUGCGGUCGCGGCAACAAGGCAUUCUGCUGCAAGGCUGACAAGUUCGACAAGCUUAAAGACGGCUGCCGCUGGAGUGAAUUCAAUGGGAGAUGCAAGUCAGACGAAACAAAGGUCGCGUAUCAGUUUCACGAAAAAGAUGGGCUAGGACUGAAGUACUGCUGCAAGGACGACAAGCCGAUGCCCGUAUCGAACUGCCAUUGGGUCGGCCAGGGGGAUUGCGCACAAAACACAUGCGCCAAAACCGAAAUCACUCUCAGAACCUCGGGCAGAGGCGGAAGCUUCAAUUCGUGCAACUGGUGGCGUCUGAAGUCGCUGUGUUGCACGCCCAACGGUGACGCGCUCACUGAGGAGUACAAGUGUGACGACAACCCAUGUGAUGAGGACGGCUUUUGUGAGGACGAUCUUGGGCACGUAGCGAGCGGCUGGAGCACGCACUCUGCUGAAGUGUAUUUCGAUGCCGGUCAUGAAGACGAGGUCUACAACGAACUCGACUCGCAGGAGCUUGCGGAGCGGCAAGCCGGAGGUAGCAAAGCUAGGCCUGGGCUGCCACGUCAGCAGGUUCUGCACCUGGUCGUGCAGAACUUGGUCUGGAACUCGCGCCCAUAUGCGACGGGCGACAAGCGAGGCUGGCUUUUCCGUUUUGCCGGCGGCCUGGCCGAGAUGAGCCUCAAGGGCGCUUUCGUCAAGGACAGCCAGCACUGCCAAAAUACGGCCCUCAUCUUCAAGAAGAUUUCAGAGCUCGCCUCCACGGGGCUGCAGGCGGAGCACUUCUUCGAGAUUCAGAUGAUCAAGCAGCUGCUGGAGACAGCCAUCACCGGCAUUCUGCCCAACGUGCCGCUCGGCAGCGUCAGCAUCAUGCCGGUCCUGACCGUGCCCAAGCUGCUGGAGACGAAUUUGGUCAACGGCUGGAACAAACUUUACCCCGGCACGGCACAGCUGCCACCGAUUGUGCAAAAUGUCGCGGGCCUGAGCGGCGUUCCAUCAUACUACACGCCGCCUGACAACACCCCGGCGGAUCGCAUCAUGAGUGCCAUCGGCGACUGGGGCAACAUGAAGAACAUGCUACUGGUCCAAGACCACAUUAAUUGGGUCAAGGGCAAGCUGUUUAGCCUGCAGAAUCCCAUUUCCGAAAGGACUCUGGCCAGGACGGUCAAGAAAGCACUGGCUGGCAACGUUGCUCAGGCUCAACACAUCUCCUCCAUGUUACAAAGUGUCUACGGCGUAUUCAGCUACAUGAACGAUGCCUACUCUGAGAUCACGGAGCGAGAAUCCUACCAGCAGCUUACUGCCGAGAUUGGCUACAUGGACCAGUACAUUCCUGAGCUCAAGGGCAUCAAGGACAUUUGGCACGAGUUCAUGCCUGCCAUGAAGGAAGCUGUAGGUAACAAGGCUGUCUCGUUUGUUCAAAUGGUGCACACAAACGUCUUUGCCCAGGUCACUGCCACCGUCGCGGCUGGUGUCCCUCAUCUUGAAACUCUACGCAAGGAUCUGGAUUAUUUCUUGGAUCACGUCGAAAAGCUAAAGUGGCAGUCGGGUAACUUCCGUGACGAGCAAACAAUGACUAUUCAGUCAAUUUAA